AUAUGCCUUUCAAAUGAUAAUACUAAUAUUUUUCUACGAGAGUAUUUUUUUUGCUCAAUCAAGAACGGUCACUCUAAUUGAAGAACUGCGGGAAACAUGAACAGCGAUAUUAAAGCCAAGGUCGAGAGCUGCGCACGUACUGCGGACACCUUUACGCGUCUGUACUACGCCUCUGUGGACAACCGACGCCAUCAAAUAGGACGUCUCUAUUUGGACAACGCCACCCUCAGCUGGAAUGGAAAUGGCGCCACCGGUCGCCAGAUGAUCGAGAGCUACUUCCUGGAGCUGCCCACCUCCAACCACCAGUUGAACACCCUGGACGCCCAGCCCAUUCUCGAUCCGGCUGUGGCCAACCAGCUGACCUACCUGAUCAUGGCCGGCGGCACCGUCAAGUUCGCCCAUCAGCCGAUACGCAACUUCCAGCAGACAUUCAUCGUGACCGCCGAGAACGACAAGUGGAAGGUGGCCUCCGAUUGCUACCGACUGCAGGAGGUGUGAGACCUACUCACUUGUUGUAAUUUAAGCUAAGCUAAAGAUCUUACGUCGUAACGAGUUUAUUUACAUUUCUAAGCUCUUAUAAAUAGAUUGACUACCUA